AUGUUCAUUCGACUUCUGCGAUCCAUCCUCGCCCUCUAUACCCUCGCCGCCGUUAUACACACAACCCACUUCUUUAUUAUUGCGCCGUUACACUCCGCUGUUUCCUCCAUCGUCACACACCUCUCACCACACUUCCUCUCGCUCAGACUGUCUCGGCCAAUUCUCUCCCGACGCGAAAACGAGCCCGUUUCCCCGCCAAUAGACACUCAAGCUCUCUUCAAAAGCGACGAUCUCAUUCACUGGAAAUCCUCCGACUUCUCUCUGCAGCAUGGGUUCGGUCAUGACUCGCCCGUCGCCAUGAGCGAGUCGCUGUUUCUCUCCAAGGCGUUCGCCAAUUCGAUGCAACCCAGCAAAAUCUUGCCGUUCUUCUACCGUGCCAGUGGCUCUUUCAAAGACAAGGACAUCACCAUUACGACGCUCGUCACCAGCAACCGAUUCCAAGUGUUUGGGCAACUAGUGGAGCAUUACUCAGGUCCUAUUUCGGCUACUAUACAUAUCAGAAACUCGACAGAACAUGUCAAAGACCUGCUUAACUCUCUGCGUACCUUGUAUCUCUCGUCUCCAAAGAUGGCCACAAACGUAGAUGUCCAUCUCGUCAUAGAUGCAUUUGAUCGCCAAUUCAACACCUGGCGCAACAUAGCACGUUUCUUUGCCCGAACCGACUUCGUCAUGAUGCUCGAUAUCGACUUCUUUCCUUGUACCGACUUUCGCUCGUCUAUCCUCAACAACCCAGCAGCGAUGUCAAAACUCCAAAGCGGAACUGCGGCACUAGUCCUGCCGGCGUUCGAAUAUCCGGUCCACGAAGAUGGAAUAGACGCAACCAAGUUCCCUCGUUCAAAAGCCUCUCUCGUCCCUCUUGUUCAUACCGGAAGAAUUGGCAUGUUUCAUGCCAGCUGGGCUCUUGGCCAUGGUUCCACCGACUACGAUCGCUUUCUUGCUGCUGGACCAGGCGAAAUUUAUAAGGUGACCAAGUACCAGGCAGCCUAUGAGCCGUACAUCGUCUUCAAAAGAGAUGGACCUCCUUGGUGUGACGAGCGUUUCGUUGGCUAUGGUGGAAACAAGGCUGCAUGUCUAUUCGAGAUGUACCUGUCGGGUAUCUCGUACUACGUAUUAACGGACCAUUUCCUGAUCCACCAGAAUCACCUCUAUGAAGAGACAGCGCGUCGGGCGGAGCGCAAGUACAAUCGCAAAAUCUACACGGAAUUCAAAGAGGAGGCGUGUCUUCGAUACCUGAAGCGGUUCCGAUAUGACAAUACGACGCGAGGACAAAAUGCGAGGGUCGAGUGCAGGAAAUUUCGGUCACAGCUUCCCUGA